UCCAAAGCGCGCGAGUACCGUGCUGCCAGCAACAAGUUCGCAAUGGCGUCUCGGUCCAAAGCAGCAGGCCGUGGGCGAAAGCGCAAGGCCGACGCAGAGGUGAACGGGGAGAAAGCGGCAGCUGUGGAGAGCAAGAAAGAAAAGGAGGAAGAGGAGGAAGGGAAAGAGGAGGGGGGCCAGAGGAUCGUCAUCGAGCACUGCAACAGCUGACGAGUGUACGGGCGUCACGCAGCGGGGGUUCAGGGCGCCCUGGAGGCUGCCCACCCCGACCUUAAAGUGCAGCUGAACCCCCAAAAACCCCGGCGCAACAGCUUCGAGGUCACGCUGCUGGAUGGGGGAAAGGAGGUGUGUCUGUGGACAGGUAUAAAGAAAGGUCCCCCUCGUAAGCUCAAGUUCCCGGAGCCAGCAGUGGUGCUGUCUGCCCUGGAGGAGGCGCUGAAGAGCCAAUAGAGUGACACAGUGGAGCCAAUCAUCUCCUGAAGUUCUUUGUUGCCAGGCGCUUUAUGAUGAGGAGUGGCUAAAGGGAGGUCUUCCCUGUUGCUCCUUUGAUGAUGCUGCUGCCCUGUCCAUUGAACCUGGAUGAAAGGCUGCAUCGUGUGGUCACAUGCAAAGUUGCAUCAUGUUCUUUUCCAGUUUAACCCAGAACUGUUUUUCUUUUUCCUUGUUCAAUCUCACUGUAAC